UUCAACUUCGUUUUUUGUUUUAAGUCAAAGAAAACUUUAUUUUUUGGUUUUGUUCUUGUUCUUACCCAAUUUGAAUUUGAAGGUGAUUUCCAAUUCCAUCGAACACAACAACCCAAACUCCAGUUUCGUUCGCCGGAGAUUUUGAAGAAAGGGAGGAGGAUCUAGAACUUCAUUUCACUUUUUCCAUUUCUUUCGUUUCAGGCUUAUUGGUAAAGAUUGGGGUUAAAGAACAAGACAAGAUAGAAGAUUUCAAGCAAAGUUAAUAAAUCUCAAGAAUUUGGAAACCACCAUCAUCAUCAUCUUCAAGUUUCUUCAUUAUUUUCAUCUCAUCUUUAAGUUGGCUAAGGUGAGUUCUUAUUUAGGUUUUGAUCUUUGGUUAUAGUUCAAAGUUCAAACCUUAGAGGAUAGAAAAUUGGAGAAGAAAUUGCAUGUGUGGAAUUGUAGUUGUAUGACUAGUUUUCCCUUAAAGUUUAAUUAGAAGAAAAAAAAGUUGUGAAUUAUAUAAAAAACCCCCUAGAAUUUAUUUUGUAAAUCAUAGAUUUAAGUGCUGUCCAACUGUAUUUUGGUGUGUUAGAAUGUUUGGAAUAGACAGGGUAGAGUUUUGGUGCUGUCCAACUGUAUUUUAAGUGCUGAAUAUUGCAGAUUGGUACUGUCCUGCUGCCCUGUUUUGGCUGCAAGGCUGAAAUGAAAAAUCCAGGAAUUCAGUUUUUGCCUAUUAGGGAAAUUUUAAGAGUUUUUGAGUAGUAAGGGCAUAGAAUAACAUAAAUAUAUCAUUAGAACUAAUAGAAAAGAGAAUCAAUAUUUGAUUAAUUGAAAAAUUGUUAAUUGAUUAGAGAAUUGGAAACAAUGCUCAUAGAUACCUCUUUUUCCCAAUGAGCAUAGCUUUCUUAAAUUUAUAAAUUGAAAGGAAAGAUAAGAACGGUCCUGUAUGGUUAGAAAAGAAUGUCAUAUUAUUAUGAUUAUAACAUAUGUUGAGAUCAAUAGUGUAUGUGUCUAGAGAGGUAUCAGUGUUGGUAGAGGUACAAGUGUGAAAAGUGUAAAGUGUAUAGAGUAAUAAUAAGAAAUUAUGAGUAGGGAUAAUUCACCCUGUGGCAAGUUUUCUAAGUACCUAUUUUUAUGGGAGAAACAAAUUAUUUUAAAAAGAGAAACUCAGUUAUUCAAAGUUUUACGUUCGCUGCAACGAAGAGAGAAUGCAGUCUAUGAACAAAUUGUUCAUAGUUUUUUUUUAUAUAGAAAACCGUUCACCCCAACAAAGAGAUAAUGUGGUUAGUACCAUUCGCCACAACGAAGAGAUAAUGUGGCCUAUGUGAACGUAGAGGGACAAAAUAAGCGAUAAGCGAUGUGAGAUAUGACGAGCUUAUUAUUAAUUUCAAUUAUAGAUAUGUGUUUAUAACUUCGUGUAUGACUAAUAAUCGGUUCUUGUUAAAGAUUUUAUCUAAUAGUGUUCCCUUCGAAGUUGUAAAUAUUAUGUUUGGUAUGAGCUUUAAAAAGAUGAUAUUUUUAGUUUAAAAGUUGUUCAUUUCUUGAGUUGUACAAAUGCGAAGAUAAUUUUUAUAUAGUUUUUGAUAAUUAAUAUUUUUCAUUUUGGGAUCUCAUUAAAGUUUGAACACUUCCAUAUUUCAAUAGCUCUGUGUUUUAGGAAGGUGUAUAAGUUAUAGUGUAUUAGGUGCCAGGCAGAAUAUAAGAUGAGUUAUUGUUAGCCUGUCCGCCGGUCGUGACCAUGAGGUUGGGUCGUGACAGUCUUGACUUGGCGUUGGAGUGUGCAUAGGUUGAAAAUUGAGCCUUGUUUGUAUUAUGAAUGGUCGAGGGAACCACGUUUAUGUUUCUUGCGCUAAUUGUUGAAGCUAUUCUUUGGUUUUGGGGUCAGGUUAUGGCUUUGUUUUGAGGCGAGUCAGUUCAGCCUUUUUCUCAUUUUCUCUACUUCGGCCUGUUGUUUUUUGUUCUCAGGUGUUUGCGCAGCUUCUAGGCCUGUGGGGCAAUCUUUUUUUAUGUCCAGAUCAUGUGGUUUUGGUGUAUUGAGUAGGAUUGUGUUUUGUAGUUUUUUGUUAUGUUUUUAAGCUUGCUUUUGUAAGUGGCUAGUGCCUUUUAGUGUUCCUGUUAAAUUAUGCAGGUUGUAAUCUCUAUAUCCUAAUGAGUAUCUCUUGUACUUAUGAGAGUUUUAUCAAUAUACUUUGCUGUUUCCAAAAAAAAAAAAAGUAAAAGCAUGGAUUUCAUGUCUAAUGUGUUAGGAAUCUGCCUCCAGUUUUUUCACAUUUAUCAUGAAGGCUUGAGUGCCAAAUAUGGUUAACAUUGCAAGAUGCUCAUGCUAAUAUUUUUUUGAUCUCGUUAAAAAUCCCACAUUGAAUGAGAGAUGACUUGAGAUAUGUUUAUAAGUGGGGGCAAUUCUCACCUUACAAACCAGUUUUUUAGAGUUAAGUUAGACCUAACCCAAAAUUCUAAGAGAUCUGUCCUCUGUGGUGAACAUGGUUUUGAUGAAAUAAUGUUAUGGUGAUGAUUCAUUAUGUGUUGGUGGCUUGCCAUAUUUUUUUUAUGGGUUUUUAGAUAAGGCUUGGUUACUUGAAAUAAAUUGUUGAAGUUAAGACUGCAUGUCAUGUGUGGUGCAGAGUUUUCUGGGUAACAUAGUUUAUAUGGUUAUAUUUCUCUCUAUUUGAACUUUGAACUGAAAUUACUAUAAUAAACUUUCCAAAUGGUGUUAUUCAAUAGUAGUGGAAAUUAUAUUUGAAUUUACUGGACCUGAUUUUGGGUGCAUACUAGCUUGAAAUUCACAAAUACUUAAGUUGAUGUUUGUGUAUGGAUAAUGUAACAGAACUGUUAAAAUGAGAUGGGGAUGAGCGUUACCUUAUCAAAACAGAAUAAAAGUUGCAGCAAUCAAUCUUGAGAUUUGUGCAACAAAAAGAGAAGCACUAUUCAUAAAUUUAUGAAUUGUGCUGAGAGGGUGUGGGUCAUACUUGGGGAUGCUUCAAGUGGGAUUAUGAAGUUCUAAUCUUUCUUCACUGUUAACUGAAAAGACUUGAUUGCCCAAAAGAAAUUAUGACAUUACACCUAAAAAUGUUAUAGCUAAGAAAAUGUUAUAAAUGCUUGUAUAUUUUGUAAUGUUUAUACUUUGGAUAUAAGUCUUACUGAGAUUUUUAUCUCAUUAGUUUAAUUUUAUAUUUUCAGCUUAGCAUGACAAAGAGAUGAUAGGUGGCUGUCAAAGACUCAAGUCAUUGACUAAUUUAGUAUAUGAUUAGGUAUUUUAACCAUAUAAUAUGUAAAGUAACUUCUGAUGAAUUCCUAUUUCAAAACACAUAUUUAAUUAGUAUACAAUAUACAUUUAGGUUGGGUGCUUCACUUUGUGCAUUAGAAUCAUCUAUAUCUAUAUUCACAGUUUCACUUCAAUAACUAAGGAAAAUUUGUUUACAUGGACUUUGUGCAAUUAUUCAAUUCAUUCUGUACUUUCCUCUAAAGGGAUUUUACUUACCAAUUUGAUGGUUUGUUUUAUGAAUAAGCUGAAACUCCUGUUUGAAUGGUGGGUGUUUAAGAUCUUUGUUGAAAUCUCUGCUUGAUGAUGGCCAGCCCAGAAACUGCGAGUUCAGUGGGAGAGAGUAUGCCAGUCGGUGCUGCCCCCAGGAAGCCUCGGAUUUUACUUGCUACUAGUGGAAGUGUUGCUGCUGUUAAGUUUGCAAAUCUUUGUCAUUGUUUCUCUGAAUGGGCAGAAGUAAGAGCAGUUGCCACAAGUUCAUCUUUGCAUUUUAUUGACCGUACUACGAUUCCCAAGGAUGUGAUAUUGUAUACGGACGACGAUGAAUGGUCUAGUUGGAAGAAACUAGGUGAUAGUGUGCUUCACAUUGAGCUUCGCAAAUGGGCUGAUAUCAUGGUCAUUGCUCCAUUAUCGGCAAACACUCUUGGAAAGAUUGCUGGAGGCUUGUGUGACAAUCUACUGACAUGUAUUGUGAGAGCUUGGGACUACAGCAAACCAUUCUUUGUUGCACCAGCCAUGAACACUUUUAUGUGGAAGAAUCCUUUCACAGAGCGGCAUCUCAUCACCAUUGAUGAGCUUGGUAUUUCUCUCAUUCCACCUGUUACAAAGAGGUUAGCUUGUGGGGAUUAUGGCAAUGGUGCAAUGGCUGAACCUUCUACUAUUUACUCCACUGUAAGGCUCUUCUAUGAGUCAAAGGCUCAGCAAGGUAACGACGAUGUUUAAUAGUGUUAACAACUGUACAAGUAUGAAUGAUUUUCUAGGACUUGUCUUGACCCUUAAAUCCUAUUUCAUUACAUAGUUGUUUUUAGCAUAGUUUGUUUCUCUUGCAUUACAACCACUUUGAUCGUAGGUGGUGCCUAUCAGUGUAGAGGAAUGUGCCGUAUUCUCUUGCAUUACAAUCCUUUUGGAUAUUUGGUUGUGUAAGCUAAUUUCUUAUGAAUUUUAGCAAACAUAGGAUUGUUUCCCUAUUUGUAGAAUGACCUCAAAUUACUUGAAUCAAUUUUCAUUUGCUUA